AUGUUUAAACCUUUCGAGAGCAAUCACAAAGUUGCAGAAACUCAAAUUCUUUCAAUCUCGGGGAAAUCUGCAAAAUUCAAAUCAAUUGCAAGAUCAACAACUUCAAAUACAAUUGUAACUAGCCAAAGUGUAGGUGAAUUAACUACAACCAGUGCAUCGAGUAGUUUCAUUUUGGGUGCAAACUCUGUAUCAGAAUUAACCACAGCAAAUACACCAAGCGAACAAACAAACAGCAUUCAUUCGUUUUGGUCCUCAGCAUUAUCAUCAUCAGCAGCAUUCAUUUUCAGCAUUCAUCUUGGUCCUCAUCAUUAUCAUCAUGAGCAUCCUCACCUACAUCCUCACCGGCAUUCAUCUUGGUCCUCAGCAUCAUGA